AACAGCAUGUAUAAAAAACCACUACAUCUUUGUGGUAAUUUAGACCAGAUUUCUGAAGAACUUAUGGAGGAUAUGGACACAUAUAUGUGUGAUAGUGAAGAAACGAAACAGAAAGAUCCAUACAAUACAGACCCUCUGUGGGAGCCUGAGCAGUUGAGGAGGGAAUAUGAGAACACUGCAGACGAUGAUGAUAAUUUAACUCGCAAUCGAGUAAAUGAAGGAACAAACAAAAGAGAUGAGCCAAAGGGAAUUGUUUUCCUUUCUCAGCUACUUUUGCUUUUUCAACACUGUCAUCAUUGCUUUCACCCCAACCCAAAAGUGAAAACAAGUUGUUGUGGCACUCUGUUGAUUAUGGAAAGUCAGUGCAGUAACUGUAAAAGUUUUACCUGGAAAAGUCAACCAUAUCUUUUUGGAAAGUUUCCAGCUGGCAAUAUUUUGCUUAGUUUUGCUAUUUUGUGUGCAGGUGCUUCAGCAAAAAAGGUACUUCAAGUGUUCAAGAACAUGGGGUUGAUCAGCUACAGAGAAGUCACAUAUUAUUAUCACCAGAGACACUUUCUGUUUCCUUCCAUUGUUUUAUAUUGGCGUAAUUAUCAAAAAAAGAUAUUGGAAUCUCUAGAAGGAAAAGAAGUUGUAUUGUCAGGAGAUGGGCGGCAUGACAGUAUGGCUCAUUCAGCAAAGUAUGGCACAUACACAAUAUUUUGCUGCACAAUUGGAUUAAUCAUUCAUUUGGUUGUUGUACAGGUAGUUUUACUGGCUAACAAUAAAAUUAAUUUGUUCCAAAUACUUGAACAUAUGUCACUCACAUUUUUGUCAAAGGCAAACCAAGCAGGGAGUAGUUCAGCUAUGGAGGCUCUUGGUCACCAAAAGGCCAUGUCAUUUCUCCUUGCAACUGGCGUAAUAAUAACAACAUUCGUAUCAGAUCGACAUGCCACCAUAGCCAAAUGGAUGAGGGAAACAUGUCCAAAACUGUGCAAAAAAUUGGGGAAACCAGUCAUCCAGCAUUUCUAUGACCUGUGGCACAUUGGAAAAAAGAUUCAGAAGAUCAUGAUUACAUUGGCAAAAGAAAAAGACUGCCAAAUCCUAGGAAGAUGGAGAAAAGCAUGCGUACGACAUUUCUAUUGGGCUGCUACAUCUACUUUAUCUGGAAUUGGAGAAGUUAAAUGGGCCAAAUUUGAAUCUUUUUUCUAUCACAUUUUGAAUAAACACAAAGACUUCCCAAAUAAGAUAUACAGCAGAUGCAGUCACAGUGAUGUCCUAAAGCCAACAGUGUGGUUAACAAAGGGAUCUGUUGCUUAUGAAAAGUUGAAAGAUGCACUUACCAAAAAGAAACUUGUUAAAGCUAUCAAACAAGCUUCUUCUGUUGCCCAGACCAGCUGUUUGGAGGGAUACCAUUCAGUUGUUAAUCAUUUCGCACCAAAAAUGAUUCAUUUCUCUUAUUCUGGCAUGUAUUGCAGGUAA